UGACAUUGCGCGAAGCGCUUCACAUAUCAACCCCACCCCUUCUCUGCAAUGCCAGACCCCUGUAUGUAUUUUUAGCAGUGAUGUUCACUGUCAACUAAUCUAACGGAAAGAAUAGAAAAGAACACGCUCCAGCAAAGAAGAAGAUAACUGGCGUUAUUGCCGUUGAGCGUUUAGUCAUCCACGGAAAGCAGCAAGUGAAAUGAAUAUUGAAAAUAAUCUACUGCUUUGUGCCUUGGUGAUCUUUACCAGUUCAUCGGAGACAAAGGGUCAGAGCACUUCUUUGCCCCCUGUCACCCCAGGCGCCUUCCAGCAUGAGGGCGUGUCCACUGCAUCCCCAGUCCUCCCAUUGGUCAAAGAAGAUGAGGAGGAGCCAGAGCCAAGUCUUGCCAAACAGACCUCUCCAGACCAAGUGAAUGGAGCCCCAACCAAACCAGCUUUUAUUGACAGCGACAGGCUGCUUCAAUCAGAGUCUGUUACACAUGCUGGUGACUGGGAUGACAUGGCUCUGACCAAUCAGAUGACCACGUCUCUGCCUGCACCUGCACACACAGUCAACACCGUUACCGCCACCCAAGACAACGCCACUCUCGCAGACAGCUCCUCCUCCUCGUCCCCUGUAAAGAACACCUCCCCUGCAGGACUGCCCUCUACCCUAGGGGACACAACAUACCCUGUCCCUGCUGGAGGCCACCUCACCACCUCUACUCCUCCUGUUUUAGAUACCACCCCACCUCCAUCCCAUGUUUUAACACCGAUCCAGUCCUCUAUCCAACCCAGCACCCCAGCACUGACCCCUGCUCCAACCCAAACCCUCACCACGGAGCACACCAAGACCUCCGCCCCAGUACAUAUCCCUGCCGGCCCGCCUCACCAGGAGGUUCCAUCAGAGCUCACCGUUGGAGAUGAGGACAAAGGGCCACACCUCCACUCUCCUCUGGACCCUUUGCUGGCUAGCCUGGUCUCUAUCUUUAUCAUCACCACAGCCAUCGUCUCUGUUGUCCUCUUCCUCAAAUUCCGCCAACGGACCGAUCACCCUGACUUCCACCGGCUGCAGGAUCUACCCAUGGAUGACUUGAUGGAAGGCACACCACUUUCCAGAUACACUUACACCUACUGAUGACGGAACCCUUUCAUCAUCAACAGUCAACUUUACUUCUAGCCCAGCUACACAGCAGACUCCCAAUCGGUCACCAUUUUGGAUCCUGGCAAAGCUUUUGACUGGACUGGAGGCCCUCGGCCAGCGACCAUGUUGUCUCACUAUGAUUCCCCCUGCUGAGCAGUUUCCAAUUUGAUUGUAAUUAUGUUAACAAUUAGAAGGCUAUCAAUACCCAAUCAGGGGUUACAGUAUUAGGACAUCAGAGGUUCCGUUUCGACAUUAGGCCAACACCACCAUUAUUCCCUUUGAAGCUUUCAGACGUUUCAUCUGCACAGAGGUCUGUUUUGUUCUUUGUAAUGUACCCCCCCCCCCCCCUCCUUAUACAGGUCAUACACAGCACAGACCACUUUGUGUUAUAGAAACAGUCACAGUGCCCUCUAGGGGAUAUGAGUGGAAGUGGAGUCCCCAAAUGAGUUGGUAAUGUAUGAAGAAAACACAAUGUCACAUUUGAUGAUGUUGCCAAGGACCACGAUAGAGGGAAAAUAGACAGGUAGUGAAAGAUGCUUACUGUAGAGGGACCUUAGGUGAUUUAGAUGUUCACCAGUCUCCAUGUUAUGGGACUAUUCUAAUCCAUGAACUGGCCAAACAUUUUUUUUUAAUUUAUCUUGGCAAGUCAGUUAAGAACAAAUUCUUACAAUGACGGCCUAGGGUUAACUGCCUUGUUCAGGGGCAGACCGACAGAUUUUUACCUUGUCAGAAAAGGGAUUAGCUCUAGCAACCUUUCGGUUACUGGCCCAACGCUCUAACCACUAGGCUACCUGCCGCCCCAUGAGUGAAGUAUUCUUUCAAACCAGAAUGCCUAGUGGGUUGUCUUAACAAGGGCUUGAGUUUCUUGAAAAACACCCAUCCUUGGUCUUACUUGCAUGAGAACUGGUAAAGAUUCUGUAAUUAUAGCCCCAAAAAGGCAGGGUAGCCUAGUGGUUAGAGCAUUGGAUUAGUAACC